UAAUGUUGAAAGGAUGAGAAAUUAAACAAUGCAGAGAUUAGAAGAUAUUAGGGACUUUUUUGGCAGGCCGAAAGCUCCUCCAACGUCAAGCAGCGAUGAAUCAAGUAGCUCAUCGAAGUCUAAAACAAAGAAGAAACGAGUGAUUAUGUUAGACUCUGAUGACGAAAACGCAGAUGACAACCCAGCUCCGAAAAAGCAACACCAAGAUGUGGGCUCUAGUGGAGUCACGUCCAAAGGCGCAUCGCCGAAGAAAUCUGUGCAAUUGACUACAGCUGAUGACUUUUUCGGAUCAACGACGGUCAAGCAGGCCAAGAAACCAAUAGAUGAUUUCAAAAAGGGAUCUACCAAAAGCAAAAAUGCGAAUACAAGCUCGAAUAAAGGUGAUUUCAAAAGCUCCCAUGAAGUUUCGAAGAGCGAUAGAAGUGAAGCUAAGCAAGUUAGUCCCAAGAAAAACCUACCUAUCGACGCUGAAGUCCAUAGGAAUCCCAAAUUUAAAGAAGCUUUGGUUCAGUUGGACAAUGAUCCUAUGUUGUCAUUGAAGUACGAUGAAGCCCAAGUUAAUGUUUCUAAGAAAGUAAAAUCAAGUCCGAAAAAACAGACAUCUGUUGAGAAAGUAGGAGAGAACAAAUCGCCUCCAACAGCUAACGUUGACAGCAGUGCAGUUACAUCGAAUAUGGUGGCAACUCUAGGAAAAGCCGAAAAGAAAGAGAGCUCAGAAACUUCUGUAAGCUCAAAACAGUUGACAAAAACUCCAACGUUGACCAAAACGCCAUUCUUGACAAAAACCCCAACCUUGGAAAAAACUCCCUCAGUCAUUACCAAAACUCCCAAAACUCAGGAUGUUUCAAAUAAAGGCGAUAAGGCCGAUCAUUCUGAGAAGAAGAGCAGUAGCCGAGCAGCCUAUUUCGCCUUUCAGAACCGUCAGGGACCCCAAAAUGUAGGUUCUAAGAAAUUGCCCAGUGGACCGGAUGAUUGUUUAGUCGGGAAGUCUUUCGUUCUGACGGGUGUUUUGGAAAGUUUCGAGAGAGACGAUGUGAAAUCUUUCAUUGAGAGGCACGGAGGAAAAGUUGUGACAACAGUGAGCUCGAAAACGUCGUAUAUUGUGAUUGGUCGAGACGCAGGAGAGUCGAAAACAUCGAAGGCUGAAAAGUGCGGAACUGAAAAGUUGGACGAAGAUCAGCUUUUGGAUCUGGUUUCAAAACACGUGAAAAAAGAAGUAAAGGAAGAGUUUUUGCCACCAAAAAUGAGUGAACAGAAAGUUGAUCAAGUACUGCCGCGUGGUAAGGAGAAAAAGAAGUCAAAUUCUCCGAAUAAACUGUCUGAUAAUAAGGCCAAAAUUGAAGACGAGCCAAUGCAGGUCAAAAUUAUUUGUUCACAUGACAUGAACAAAAAUUCUCCAAAAACUUCACUGGAGCUGAAAAAGUCACCCAAACAGCAUGUGAAAGAAGAAACCCUGAGAGAAACUUCAAAGUCAACCAUUUUUGAUGCUAUGCCCGGAUCUAGCGCUUCUGCCACUCGAAAUGCUCCUAUUGAUAACAAUCCAGCUCGCACGUUGUUAUGGGUUGACAAAUAUCAAGCGAAAUCCAUGAAACAAAUCAUCGGUCAGCAGGGCGAUAAAAGUAAUGCACGAAAAUUGAGCUAUUGGCUUCAAAAUUGGCACGCCCUUUUCACGCAUAAAUCGUACCGCGGGGUGCCGCCAAACAAAGAAAAUGGUUUGAUGUUCAGAGCUGCUCUUCUUUCAGGGGUGGCUGGAAUAGGUAAAACUACAACAGCGACGAUCGUUUGCAAAGAGUUGGGAUAUGAAAUGAUCUGUAUGAAUGCCAGUGACACCAGAUCUCAGAAGUUAUUGAACAAUGUAGUUGCCGAAACUCUCAAGUCAGGAACUCUAACCGCAUUAAUGACGUCAUCGAAGUCAGUUGUGACGUCUAGUAAUCACGUGACUGGAGGCUCGAAUGAUGCUGAUUUGAAACACGUUUUGAUUAUGGACGAAGUUGAUGGAAUGGCGGGCAAUGAAGACAGAGGCGGAAUGAGCGAGUUAAUUAACCUAAUUAAGAAAUCUAAAAUCCCAGUAAUUUGUAUUUGCAAUGACCGCCAACACCAGAAAGUGAGAAGCUUGGCCAAUUAUUGCCUAGAUUUGAGGUUCCAGCGACCAAGAAUUGAACAGUUGAAAAGUGCAAUGAUGUCCAUGUGUUUCAAAGAGGGUCUCAAGAUCCAACCGAACGCAUUGGAGCAAUUAAUUAUUGGGGCUAAUCAAGACGUCAGGCAAGUCAUUCACCAUUUGCAAGCGUGGUUCUGUAUGCAAAAGCCUUUGAACUAUGAUACAGCGAAAGAAAAGGCAACAGCCGCCAAAAAAGAUCAGAAAAUGGGGCCUUUCGAUGCUUGUCGAGCUUCCUUCUGUUUUGGAGAAGAAAGACGAAAACUGUCCUUAGGAAUUAAACUCAACUACUUUUUCUACGAUUACAGUAUGAUGCCUCUUUUCAUGCAGGAAAACUACCUGCAAACUAAUAUGAACCGCGGAAGCAACAAAUCGACUUUAGCCUCUAUUUCUAAAGCCGCGGACUCUUUUGUCUAUGGAGAUUUGGCUUCGAAGCUCAUCAGGUCCACGAACAGCUGGUCCCUUCUGCCCAAAGUGGGCAUGUAUACAUGUGUGAUUCCGGGUGAAUUGUGUCAAGGGGGAAUGGGCCAGUUUGUGGCUUUUCCUCAGUGGCUAGGACAGAACUCAAAGAGGUCGAAAAACGACAGACUAUUGCAGGAUCUGCAAGUGCACACCCGCCUUCAUUUUAACGCCUCAAAACAGGAUUUGAACAUGCAGAUAAUGCCCGUUUUGCGAAAGAAGUUUGUCGACUGUUUGCACUCUGAUCAAGAAAACGGAAUUGAGAACGGCGUGAACACAUUGCUUGGUCUUGACUUAACUCGUGACGAUUUGGACACAAUUUUUUCGAUGAGUCAAAUGAGCGAAAAUGAAGAUCCUUGGAAACGCGUGAGCACUAAAAACAAGUCGGCAUUUACGAGACUGUAUAAUAAGCAGUCAUUCAAAAGUGCCAACGCUAAUUCGGUGCCUAAAAAGAGAAAAUUAGGAGAUACGGAAGAGAGCGGAUUGCUUCCUGGCGAGGGAGAAGAAGGAACUAUUGCUGGAAAGAACGAAGUGGAUGGUAAGGAUGAUGAAGAUGACGAUUUCAUACCAGGAUUGAUUUCUAAGAAAGUGCCGAAAACGUCAAGUACGGGAGGAGCAUCAUCGAAGGGUAAAGCUUCAGGAGGUUCUCGAGGCGGUAAAGGUGGAAAGACGACUGCUAAAAAGGCCACUGGAAAAGGAACGAAAAAAUAAAAACUUGGACUUGGUUUUCGGAUGAGAUUUGAUUGGAUGAACUGAAAUUUGAAAUAAGUGAGUGGCGUUGUUUUUAUUUUCGGUAAACUAGUGAAUUUAUUUAAUUGAACAAUUGAUUAAGUUAAAA